CCCGCCUUCAAGCGCCGGAGCGCCCCGCCUGGCCUGCCGAGCCCGUGGGAGGAGGAGGAGGCGGCGAAGGACGCAGGAGGCCGGCGCCUCGUCGCCGCAGGAGAGAGAGCCUCGGCCGGAACCUCCCGAGCCGCGCAACAGGUGCCUGCCCGGGGGAUGCCAGCGUCGCCAGCCCGACAGCGAGCCCAGGCCGGCGGCUGCGGCGGCGCCCCGGAGCGGGGAACAGGCGCACCAUGAGCACCGGCACAGCUUCUCAACCCCAGGCUGUGCACAGCCACUUGGAAAAGCCUUCUGGUGCUGCAAUCCUCUGCAAUAAUUGUGGGAAUCCAUGCAAAGGAGAGGUGCUAAGAGUGCAAAAGAAGUAUUUCCAUAUUAAAUGUUUUGUUUGCAAAGCAUGCGGAUGUGACUUGGCUCAAGGAGGAUUUUUUGUAAGACAAGGAGACUAUAUCUGUACUUUGGACUAUCAGCGCCUCUAUGGGACACGGUGCUUCAGCUGUGACCAGUUUAUUGAGGGAGAAGUGGUUUCAGCACUGGGGAAAACCUACCAUCCAAAUUGUUUUGUGUGUGUAGCUUGCAGGCAACCUUUUCCUGCUGGGGACCGUGUAACUUUCAAUGGCAAAGACUGUAUCUGUCAGAAAUGCUCUUUGCCACCUGCUGGAAGCAACAGCAAUUUCCCAGGCCUCCGAAAUUGUGGGAACUGUGGCUCUGAAAUAAAAAAUGGACAGUCUUUGGUUGCUUUGGACAAACACUGGCACUUGUCCUGUUUUAAGUGCAAGAUAUGUGGCAAACUUCUGAAUGCUGAAUAUAUCAGCAAAGAUGGUGUUCCAUAUUGUGAAAUGGACUAUCACGCUAAAUUUGGAAUAAGAUGUGACAAUUGUGAAAAGUACAUCACAGGAAGAGUUCUGGAGGCUGGAGAAAAACACUAUCACCCAACUUGUGCUCUGUGUAUCAAAUGCAAUCAGAUGUUUGCAGAAGGAGAAGAGAUGUAUCUUCAAGGGGCCUCCAUCUGGCAUCCUGCCUGCAGACAGGCAGCCAAAGCUGAAGAAAAAGCCAAGUUCCAGGAAACUAGAACAUCAUCUGAGAGUAUAAUUUCAGUACCUGCUUCAAAUACUUCAAAUACUUCAGGUUCCCCAAGUCGAGUGAUUUAUGCAAAACUUGGAGUUGAAAUCCUUGAUUACAGAGAUUUGGCUGCUCUCCCUAAGGAUAAAGCUAUCUAUAACAUAGACCGUCCAGAUAUGAUCUCCUAUUCCCCAUAUAUCAGCUAUUUGACAGAUGACAGGCAUAGUUACGGGGAGGGUGACCAAGAUGACCGUUCUUUCAAGCAGUACAGGAUAUCCAGCCCUAGUUCUACUAGCUCACUUGGCUAUGGCCGCAACACCCCAACCUGUCACUCUCCUCAGAAUUACAGCCGACCAGCUGGUACUCAGAGUCUUGGUACCAGUAGCUGCAUCUCCCUGCCCCAACACACAAGCCUUACAUUUACAUUCAGACAUCAUUACAUCCCUUUCUUCAAAGGCAGCGAAAGUGGUCGAAGCACUCCAAGCUUAUCCAUGUGCUCAGACAGCAAAUCUUCAUCAUCGCUAUAUCAGCAAGCACCUAGACAUUUCCAUGUCCCAGACACUGGAAUAAAAGAUAACAUCUAUAGGAAACCCCCUAUCUACAGACAGCAUGCAUCAAGAAAAUCAGAUGAUGACAGCAGUAGUUGUGAUCAAGACAACAGGAAGCUAAAAUCAAGUUGGCUGACUUUGAAAGAGGAGGUGGAUGCCAGAACCAACUCUCCAGAUCUGGAUACUCAGUCACUCCCCCAAAGUCCUGGAACCAACAGAGAGCUUCAGCGUUUGCACAACAACGCAAACAGUACCUACUUACGAUUUCCAUAUUCCAAAUCUGCUUCUCUUCCUGACUAUGGAAAGAAUGGGUUACACCAUGCUGCAGAUAUGGCCCAGUAUGACACCGACCAGGAUUCUACUUGGGGAAUGAGAGAGUACAAGGUCUAUCCGUAUGAAACACUUAUUGUAACAAACAGAGUUCGAGUGAAGCUACCAAAGGAUGUAGACAGAACUAGGCUGGAGCGGCACCUGUCCCCUGAACAGUUCCAGGAAGUCUUCGAAAUGAGCAUUGAACAAUUUGAACGACUUGCACUUUGGAAAAGAAAUGAGCUAAAGAAAAAAGCUCUGCUUUUCUAGCCCACUUUAGACAAACUGAAAUGUGCUUAAUGAAAAGAAACUGCACUCUUGCCACAGCUUAUCACCCGCGCCUGCUGUUGACCCUUUGUCUAGCUUCAUUGUGUUAGGGGUAGGGACAGAAAAUUGGAAAGAGAGAAAACAUGGCAUUUGCAUGACCCAGAGGAAUAUCUCAGUAGCUACUGGGUCUUCAAAAGUAUAUAACAAGCCUUGCUUUAAAUUAAUGAUUGCUUUAGCUGUUGCCUGUUGCCAAAAAAAGAAUUCUAAAUAAGAAGGAAAUGUGUACCGGUAGUUUUGACAAAAAUAAAAUAAAAAAAGCAGCUACUGUUUUGUUUCUACAUUUUGCACUAGUGAGCAAAACCUGUACAAAAUCAAAAUAUGCUGAUGAAAAAAUCUUCCCCAAGAGGGUAAAAAAUGUGCUACUUUGAAGCAAAUGUGAUGAAGGCCAAAGAAAAGCAUGUCAGAAAGUCACUCUUGCCAAUGUUUGUGUGUGACAUCUUCUAGGAAUAAAAGCAAACCUAUAAUAAAGCACUUUAAGUCUCAUUCUGUCACUUAAAUACAAGCUACUGUUCCACAUGUAAAGUAGCAAAUGAAAAAUAGCUAUCCAUCUUUUAUUUUUAGUAAAGAUAGAUUGUGGUGUACAUGUGUUCAGAGUACCAUUCAGACAGUUCAACAUGCAACCUAUUUUAGAUGAAGUACUUGAUUUAAAAUGCCUGAACCAUUUACUUCAGUGGGACAAAGUUCUAACUACAGUGGUACCUCGGUUUAUGAACACAAUUGGUUCCGGAAGUCUGUUCAUAAACUGAAGCGUACAUAAACUGAAGCGAACUUUCCCAUUGAAAGUAAUGGAAAGUGGAUUAAUCCGUUCCAGAGGGUCUGCGGAGUAACCGUUCAUAAACUGAAGCGAACUUUCCCAUUGAAAGUAAUGGAAAGUGGAUUAAUCUGUUCCAGGCGGGUCCGCGGAGUACUUAAACUGAAGCGUUCAUAAACUGAAACAUGGGUGUAAUUGGUUCCGAAAGUCUGUUCAUAAACUGAAGCAUUCAUAAACUGAAGCGAACUUUCCCAUUAAAAGUAAUGGAAAGUGAAUUAAUCCGUUCCAGAUGGGUCUGCGGCGUUCAUAAACCGAAAAUUCAUAAACCGAGGUGUUCAUAAACCGAGGUUCCACUGUACUUUGGGUUUACCCAGCUGGAGAUCAUGUAGUAAUUCAACUUUCACAUCACAAAAAUGCGUAAAUUCUUGUGUGUCAUAAGGCUGUGCAAAUUCUGACUGUAUUUCUAUUUUUUCUACAUUUCACUCUGGUACAAAGAAUGUGUAUCUAAUCUUGAUUCUAUGCACACAGUGGUGUCCACAUUAAAAAUAUUGUUUUGUAACUCACACGUUAUAUGGUUUGUUACUCCACUGUUUGCCUCUCUUAAGGAGGUGCUGCUAUAGAGAGAAGUAGAUGGAAAAUUCAGUUCACAUGUGAUGUCAUUAAAAAUAAGAAUCUAUCAUUAAUAUAGAACCAUUUGUGUGUUUGCAUGCACAGUCUGUGCAAAGAAACGUCUGCCACGAUAUCCUGAGAGGCAGCUGGGUUAAGUCGGCUUACCCUGCUUCCUCCUCUCUGUCCUCAGAUUCUCACCAGAUGCCGUCACAUCUGGCUAUAAAAGGUAAAGGGACCAGUCGUGACAGACUCUGGGGUUGCGGCGCUCAUCUCGCGUUAUUGGCCGAAGGAGCCGGCGUACAGAUUCCAGGUCAUGUGGCCAGCAUGACAAAGCUGCUGCUUCAUAUCUGGCUAUAAAGGUACAGUGGUACCUCGGUUUAUGAACACAAUUGGUUCCGGAAGUCUGUUCAUAAACUGAAGCGUUCAUAAACUGAAGUGAACUUUCCCAUUGAAAGUAAUGGAAAGUGGAUUAAUCUGUUCCAGACGGUCCACGGAGUACUUAAACUGAAGCGUUCAUAAACUGAAGCGAACUUUCCCAUUGAAAGUAAUGGAAAGUGGAUUAAUCCGUUCCAGACGGGUCUGCGGAGUACUCAACCUGUAGCGUACUUGACCCGAAGCAUGGGUGUAAUUGGUUCCGGAAGUCUGUUCAUAAACUGAAGCGUUCAUAAACUGAAGCGAACUUUCCCAUUGAAAGUACAGUAUUGGAAAGUGAAUUAAUCUGUUCCAGAUGGGUCCGCGGUGUUCGUAAACCGAACAUUCGUAAACCGAG